AUGGACCUGACGAACCGCCCGCUCCAAUCAUCCGCUUUCACCAACAAACAGUCGAAGCCGGUGCAGUAUGAGAUCCCAAUAGCGUACGUGAACCUGGCUUCCGUCCGCAUUCUCCCCACUCGUGCCCACUCUGACCGUUCGGUAGACGUCAACGGAUCAGGCGCCCGGCAAUGCAGCCACUGCAAAAACGAUUUUUCCCCGGAAGAAAUGGCUCUGACCUUCAGGAUGUGCAUGAAAUGCCGAGAAACGGGCAGGAGGAAGCAAGCGUCCGCGGUCGCCAAGAAGCUGGCCGUUUCCAAAGCUUCGACCCAGACUGUGGCGUCGGGCAGUGGCCAACAAGGUGGCGACGGGGCUGGCCAUGUUAACGCGAGAAAGAAAGUUGCGGCGGGGAAGAGGAAAGCUGAGGGCGCUCCCCUGGACACAGUCCCACCGAAGAAGCCGAAGACAACAGGCCCCAAUUUUCCGCGUCAGGUAACAGAAUAUCAGACGCAGGCAGACUGUCUAUCCGUCCUCAGACAGUUGCCCUCUGGUACCAAUUUUUGGGGAUCGUUCGCCAUUGUGUCUGACCCCCGCAUUUCUCCCGAAAACCGCGUUGACCUCGUCCAUGAAUCUCUAUGCCGUUCCGGGCUGAAGCUCAGCGUAUUGAUAGAGCGCAAAAUCGGCGAUGGUCACGCCACGAAGACCUUCCGGUGCCCCUGCGACGCCAACACUCUCCACUACGGUCUGAAGCCAAUACUUUUUCCCAACCAGCAACAAGCCGCGGCUUCAUCGUCCUCGUCUGCACCCAGAAGCUGUCAUGGCAUCGUCGUCAUUCGUGCAGAGCCAGUUGCUGAUCCGGAUGGAUUUUUCAAAGAAGUUGGGAUCGUCGGACAGCAAAUCGCUAUCAGUAUUGUCCACGUCUAG